AUGGCGACCGUCGCAAAAACUGUUGUCGCCACGGGCGUCUCCUCUGGCCUGGGCUUCGAGGCCGUCAAGCAGCUUCUCGGGCGGUCCCAGCCCUACAGGAUCGUACUGGGAGCGCGCGAGGUCAAGGCCACCGUGGCCGCCUUUGACAAGCUCGAGUAUAACCGCGACACGCAUACCGUGACGGUGUUGGAUCUCGACCUCCUCGACUUCCAAAAGGUCAAGAGCUUUGCUCGGCAGGCACUCGACAAGGUUGACCAGGGCAAAAUCGACUACUUGCUGCUCAACGCUGGCAUGAUCAAGAGUGCAGAGGAAAAGCCGCCGCACAAGUACAAGUGGUGCGACGCUGCCAUUGUCAACCACUUCGUCGCUGAAGGAUAUCUAGCCCAGCACCACCUGCUUCACUUGCUGCGAGACAAGCUGGUCUCUUCCAAGUCUCGCAUCGUCGUUGUGUCCUCCGGGGCGGUGCGCAAUGUGCCCGACACGAGCGCCCUGCAGAAGCACCUCCAGGCCGGCUCCGGCGAAGGCUUCAUGUCAGUCUACAGCGAGAGCAAGUUUGUACAGCUUUUGGGCGCCCAUUGGUGGCGUCGUAACCUCGCCGGCCACUGCCAGGUCGUCGCCGUCUCGCCGGGCCUCAUCCCCAACACGGGUCUCGGGCGAUCGAGUUCUUUCAAACCGUCAAUGGACAUGCCCGAUGCCAAGGGAGUCCCCGAGGGUGCCAAGAGCAUAUUGGCCGCUUUCACAAGGGACGAUUUUCCCGCUGACCCGGAGCGCAUUUUCUUGACGAGCUGGGGCGAGUGGUGGGGUAAGGAGGUGUAUGAGAAGACACUCGACGAGAAACUCCAAAACGAGUGGUGUCCGAGUCUAGAUAAAUUCGAAGAGGCCGUGCGCGCCACGGUUUGA